AUGCUACCACCGAUGCCAUAUCUAUCCCAGCUACUAUCGUUCUAUUCUGACGAGAUUCAUCUUAUUUUGCCACUUAUCGACAUCAAUUUUUUUCAAAGGGACAUCGACGGCCGCUUGAAAAUCCUACUUUCGCAGGCUAUGUGUCUACUUGCCUCAAUGAGCCCCCAUUGUAAAUCGCUAUUGUACCUACCGGGAGAGAACAAACUGCUGGCGCCUCGCCUCUUUGGAUAUCGCAUCUUCUGUGCCAUGCGAUGUGAAAUUGAACUCGGUGCAGUGACUAACAGACUAGUGUUAAUACAGGCACUAGGUGCCUUGACUCUAUUCAUAGAAGGUCCAGAAGGUCCUGAAACCGCAUCACAGCUCUGUGCUAAGAUGAUACAGCUAGUCCAGACACUAGGCCUUCAUAUACAAAGAGGAUCCGAUCACGAGGAGGACUAUGAAGUGACAUGUCUCUGUUGUGCAUGGGCUCUGGAUCGACUCAACGCAGCGAUCCAUGGGCGGUCAGUUCUUAUGCACGAGAGAGAUAUAGCAAGGGACCUCAAUAAAUGCUUUGAAAACCAAAAACCUGCCUUUAGACUGCUCUUAGCAGUCAUCUCUCAAUUAGAUCAAGUCAUUGAUCUAUAUCGACCACACUCGAGAUCGAAAGGUGCAGACCUCAAGUCCCACUAUCCCCAAUUUGAUGACAUUGUUGUGUCCGCUCAAUGCACCAAUCUACAUGCCAAGCUACUCAGUACUGUUGAAGUCUUGUACUAUGCGGUUGCCAUACUUUCAUGCCGAAGUACAGAAAGACCAUCAAAUAAUGACUUUCGACAAAUCUAUGCCGCCUCAAAGAUCAAUUCUAUUGUUGAGCAGGAUAUCCGGAACCAAAAGCGCCUACUAGUAUUCCUUCCAUUUAUCCCAUAUGCAGUUUCGCUGUCACUUAGCAUCUCUUACAAUCAAAUGCGUUAUACGAGAGUUGCAAUGUAUCGGACGCGCGCACGGGAGGAACUGCAGUUUACUUGCGGUUUGCUAGAGCAGUUGGGUACUCAUUUUUACGUCGCCUCUGCUAUGGCCAGCAUGGGUAAAGCAACAAUAGCAGAGAUUGACCGAGUGUCUGAGAAUAUGCUUCGAGAAAAGAAUCCCGACGGCCGAUCUCACAACAAUCAACGUCCGACGGAGUCUAGUUCUCGUAAUGAUCGACCUGCCGCUGUCAAUACAUCAGAUGGUGCUAUUGAGCUGGAUCCCUCAAAUUCCGGGCUGUCUUCUACAGUCAAUGAGUUCAGUGUUUCUGAUAUUGAUGUGUUUGAUAUGUUUGAUCCUAACUUUGGACUGGAUAAUAUUGACGCGGUCUUUCGGAGCAACCUUGAUCUAUCUACCCCAAUGUAUCUUCCGUUCUAUACUGGAGAUAUUGAUUCGUUCUGAUGGCCAUUACGAUUAAACUCUAAACCUUGACCGCAGCAAUUCAGCGAUAUGCCUUUGAAUGAAGCAAUUGCGACAGGAGAAUAAUUCGUUUACUUUCGGUCCCAAAUACAUGAACAGAUUCUGUCUAUGCACAGAGCAAGGCGUCAAACUCCCCUGAGGAAGAAUUAUAGUAUAACCACGCGGUCUAAACCUCGUGAUACCAUGAAUCAUUAGCAUUCUUA